CUUAGUUUUUAGAUUCACAGGAAGUAGCGGCUAGCGCGACCUUCCGGAAGUGCUCUCCUGCCAAUCGCUGGUUCUUCCUGCAAACUCAGUUGACCACAUGACCGCGAGUUCUCAGCAAGAAUCUGGGCGCCACCGGUGAGCAACAUGCCGCUGAUUCAGUCCCUCUACUAAGCUAUAACAAUAUGUUAAUUAGAACUGGUGGGCAUAUUCCUGAAGAAGGCUUUCAGUAGAGGCCACUAUGCUUCACUUCAUUCAGAGAUUUUCUCAAGCAUCUUCAAAGGUGCUGAAGUGUGCUUUCACAGUGAGACUAGGAGCCUGCAGGAGAACAGAUACACUUGCCCUCAAGACAUGUCUCCAGCAGAACCUUUCCCCUUUAUGUCCAAGGCCUUGGUGUUUUCCAUCAUUUCCAGUGUGCAUGAGUAAGGCACAAUGCUAUCAUACAUCCCUAUGCACCUUGAAGAAGAAGCAGAAGCAAGAAGUACUUCCAGCCAGGCCACCAGUGACCAUCACUUACCUGCCUGAAAGCCCAAGGCCAGCAUUGUAUAUAACUCUGGCAGGACUAAUCCCUUUCAUUGCUCCACCAUUAAUCAUGGUCAUGACAAAGUCUUAUAUCCCCGUAUUGGCUUUUGCUCAGAUGGCUUAUGGAGCCAGUUUCCUGUCAUUUUUGGGAGGGGUCAGGUGGGGAUUUGCUCUGACAGAAGGUAGUCCAGCCAAGCCAGACUACCUUAAUUUAGCUAACAGUAUAGUUCCGAUUGUGUUUUCAUGGUUUGCAUUUCUCAUUUCUGAAGGACUCAGUGAAGCCAUAAUCACAGUAAUAAUAGGUUUGGGGAUAGCAUUACAUGUUGAAGUUUUUAUCUUGCCACAUUAUCCCAACUGGUUUAAAGCCCUAAGGAUAAUAGUCACUUUAGUGGCUUUUUUUUCAUUUGUGAUUACUUUAAUACUUCAAGAUAUUUAUCCAGAGAAAGGACCUAAGAGACCUGGUCAAGUAGAAUAAAUAUAAAAUUACUUUGUUGAUAAUAUGUCUAUGUGUAUGUGAGAAGGGGAUGUUAGGAUGCUGGGGAUCAAGCCGAGGUUUUGAGUAUGGUGAGCAAGCACUCUGCUGCUUUGGGAUGUACCCCCACCUCCCUGCCUACAAGUUGAUAACAUCUUUUUCUGUUCAUAUUCCCCCCCAUCUUGCCUAUAGUGAUUAUUUAUUCUUAAUAGAUUUUGUAUUUCUGAAAUCAUUUCUAGCUGGGCAUGGUGGUACACACUUGUAAUCUUAGUACUUGGAAGGCUGAGACGGGAGGAUCACUGAGUUUCAGACAGCAUGGGCUAUAUCAUGAGUUUAAGGUCAACCUAAACUACAUGGUGAGACUUUGUCACAAAACAACAAAUGAGGGACAACCCGCUUGGGCCCCC